AUCUUGCAUUUAGUGUAGUAUGUUUGCAGUGCAGCCUCUUUUCAGGGAUGCUGGUUCUACUGCCCUGAACCAGAGCUGGGAUUAGAACCCGAAUCUGCUCCCGUGUCCCAGGAUUUUGGGGUGGUGGGACAGGGGAAAAGGCUUGACUGCCUUCCCUGGUGGGCUGUGAGAGUUUAGUCCAGAAUGGGUCUUAAUCACACAAGAGCGUGUGUUCCAGGGAAGAGCUAGUCUAAUCUCCAUCAUGCCGGAUCAAGUUUGGGAAGGCAGCCAAGCUGAACUUGGCUCUAUUGUCCCAGGAGGGGAGACUGGGCCUAAAUCUCUUCCUGUCCUCUCGCCAGAACCUCCCUUCCAGGUUUGGGGUGGGAGAUAAAAGGGAGGAGGAGGAGGCUGAUAGCAACUGCAAGGCCAGCCCGGGGGUAGCAGCGAGGGCCUCAGAGGACCUCCCAAUGCCCCUCAAGAGUGGCUGUUUAGCCUGAGGACCAGUGCCCUGGGCACGAUGACCAGUUGAUCAGCCAUGGGUCACCUGGGGCCUGGCUGCUUCUACCACUUCUCUCCCCAUCCCUAUAUUUUCUCAAGUCUCCUUCCUUUGGGCCUCUGUCCCAGACUUCAGGAAUGCUCUACCCCAACCCAAGGGGGUCUCUGAUUCCAGAGAUAUUCCUAGUCUCUGACCCACUGUGUACACAUACACACACACACACAGAGUGCUGCUUAUGUGCACACAGCUCAGCUCUAUUCCUAGACACGUGUGUGCGCAAAUACACUAAACACAGGCCUCAUAGCCUUCCUCUGUCUACUCCAGAGUCACGCUGGUGCUACGAGAUUCAAGCCAAGGCCUCCAACUAUACUUGCUUGGGGCCUAGCCAGUGGGGUGAAGACUGCCAGAAGAACCGCCAGUCCCCCAUCAACAUUGUCACUACAAAGGCACAGGUAGACCCAGCCCUGGGACCCUUCUCCUUCUCUGGCUAUGACAAGAAGCAAAAGUGGAGAGUCCAGAACAACGGGCAUUCAGUGAUGGUGUUGCUGGAGGGCGAGGCUUCCGUCACUGGAGGAGGACUGACUGCCCAGUACCGGGCCACACAGCUGCACCUGCACUGGUCCGAGGGGCUGAAUGGGGGCUCAGAGCACACCAUCGAUGGGGGUCGCUUUGCCAUGGAGAUGCACAUAGUACAUGAGAAAGAGAAGGGGACAUCGAGGAACGAGAAAGAGGCCCAGGAUUCCAAAGAUGAGAUUGCAGUGCUGGCCUUCCUGGUGGAGGUCAGAUCUGAGGAGAAUGAUGGCUUCCAGCCCCUGGUGGAGGCGCUGUCUCAUGUCCCCAGACCCUCGAUGAACACCACGAUGAAAGAGAGCAUCAGCCUGUUCGACCUGCUCCCCAAGAAGGAGAAACUGAGGCAUUACUACCGCUACCUGGGCUCACUUACCACUCCAGGCUGCCAAGAGACGGUUGUCUGGACCGUGUUCCAGGAACGCAUUCAGCUCCACAGGGAUCAGAUCCUCACAUUCUCCAAGAAGCUGUACUAUGAUAAGGAGCAGAUACUGAGAAUGACAGAUAACGUCAGGCCCUUGCAGGACCAGGGGCAGCGCCUCGUGUUCAAGUCUCAGGCCCCAGGACAGCUGCUUCCCUUGCCCCUGCCCACCCUGAUGGUCCCCACGCUCACCUGCCUGACGGCUGGCUUCCUCCGAUGAUCGCUACCUUCUGGACACUUGACCUCUGCUCUCAGCGUGUAGAGGCCUGGGGCCUCCAUUCCUCAGGCUUCCUAGCUUGGAUUUUGAUGAUGAUUAAAUGGAUAUAUUUUUGGAGAAAACUU